AUUGUGGGAAGUCAUAGAUUAGGGUUAGGGAGUAUGGUUUUGUCACUCUUUCAUCUUCCUCCCACUUUCUCCCUCCUCUUUUCGGCUACUCCUCUGUCUAUGCUCUGUUAUCUGUACCGCACUUUUUAAUUCUCACCACUUUUUUUUCCCUUAAUAAUAACUCUUACUAUUCUUCAAAUCAAACUUCUCAUAAAUUUCUCUACAUCAUUAACUUAAAAACCCCACCUCACCUUCAAAAAUUCAAUUCAAAAUCACAUAAAACAAAGAAAUGCAGGCAUUAUUAUACUUGAGUAUUGCUUCUCUGUUAUUCGCCAUUGUCAUUGCAGAAGAUCCUUACAGAUUUUUCAACUGGAAUGUCACUUAUGGUGACAUUUACCCUCUUGGUAUUCGCCAACAGGGAAUAUUGAUAAAUGGGCAGUUUCCAGGACCUGAUAUUCACUCGGUUACUAAUGAUAAUCUCAUCAUUAAUGUGUUUAAUAGUCUUGAUGUUCCGUUCCUUCUUUCAUGGAAUGGAAUUCAGAACAGAAGAAAUUCGUACGAAGAUGGUGUAUAUGGAACAACAUGCCCCAUUCCUCCAGGAAAGAACUUCACAUACAUCCUCCAAGUCAAAGAUCAAAUUGGUAGUUUCUAUUACUUCCCGUCUCUUGGAUUUCACAAGGCUGCUGGUGGUUUCGGAGGUAUCAGGAUCCUUAGCAGGCCAAGGAUCCCUGUUCCUUUUCCUGAACCUGCCGGUGACUACACUGUUCUCAUCGGAGAUUGGUACAAGACUAACCACACAAAGUUGCAAGCAAUCCUUGACAAAGGACACAAGCUUCCUCCUCCAGACGGAAUCCUAAUCAAUGGUCGUGGAAGUGGGGCCACUCUUAAUGUUGACCAAGGGAAGACUUACAGACUAAGGAUCUCAAAUGUUGGGCUGGAGAACUCUCUCAACUUCCGUAUUCAAGGUCACAAGAUGAAGUUGGUGGAAGUUGAGGGAACUCACACCGUCCAAACCACUUUCUCAUCACUCGAUAUUCAUGUAGGACAAUCCUACUCGGUGCUCAUCACUGCUGAUCAGCCUCCUCGGGACUAUUAUGUUGUAGCUUCAUCGCGUUUUACCAGCCGUGUACUCACAACAACUGGUAUCCUUCGCUAUGCCAACUCUGCCGGCUCAGUCCAAGGACCAAUCCCUGGAGGGCCCACAAUCCAGAUUGACUGGUCCCUCAAUCAGGCCCGUGCAAUCAGGACCAAUCUUACCGCAAGUGGGCCAAGGCCUAACCCACAAGGGUCUUACCACUAUGGUAUGAUCAACACUACAAGAACUAUCAGACUACAGAAUUCUGCUGGACAAGUGAACGGCAAGCAGAGGUAUGCUGUUAACAGUGUGUCAUUCAUCCCUGCUGACACUCCGCUAAAGCUCGCGGAUUACUUUAAGAUCGGAGGAGUUUUUACUGUGGGAAGCAUUCCGAGUAACCCCACUGGUUCCGGAAUUUACCUUGCUACUUCUGUGAUGGGUGCUGACUACCGAGCUUUCAUUGAGAUUGUUUUCGAGAAUCCUGAGAAUAUCAUUCAGAGCUGGCAUUUGGAUGGAUACAGCUUCUUUGUUGUCGGCAUGGAUGGAGGAAAAUGGUCACCAGCCAACAGAAACCAGUACAAUCUUCGUGAUGCAGUUUUCCGUUGUACCACACAGGUGUAUCCAAAGUCAUGGACUGCAAUCUAUUUGGCUCUGGACAAUGUGGGUAUGUGGAACUUGAGGUCAGAAUUCUGGGCCCGUCAAUACUUGGGACAACAGUUCUACCUUCGAGUGUACACAACAUCGACAUCCCUAAGAGACGAGUACCCAAUUCCUAAGAACGCUCUUACCUGUGGAAGAGCAGCGGGCAGGCGCACUAGACCUAUAGUAUAACUAUAAGCAAGCAGCUAUCAAGAGAGUUUGAUAACUUAUAGUAUCCCAUAAACAUUAAUUAGUCUGGAUGAGAAUGCAGCAAAUAGAUAAGAAAAGCUUUUGCUUUCAUUUGCACGUUAAUUCUUUGGUUUGUGCUACAUUAGCACUAGCUUUAGUACCUGAAUGAGGGUUAUAUUAUUAGUAAGUAUGUACACUUGCAUUGCUCGACCUAUUCUCAAGGUCACAUUCUUUCAAUUAUAAUAAUUUUGUGGUUCAAUUA